AAUAGUGUGAGUCUAAGAGCGAUGCAGAUCUGACGCACUCGAACUCACGGGAGUUUUCAGCCGGAGGGAGUGUGUGCAGGGUGUUUUUAAAGAGAGCAGACCAUCAGCACUGUGGACAGGAAACCCUUUUAAUCCGAUUCACUUUUUGGACAGGACCUCAUCCUCUUUGCCCCUCCCAAAUGUGUGUGUGGUUUUUGUAAGCUGAGAUGUGAUCUUGCAGUGCCGCUAUCGGCUGCAGUCUGUUUGCCAUAGAUAUUUCUGCAUCCCGUUUCCUCCAGCAGGGGGUCUCUGGAUGCACUUGCUCCUGCUCAAGGUGACUUGGGGAGUCCGGAGGCGUCAGAGCUGAAGUCACGUCUCAGUCAGAGGAGGUAGUGAGAUGAAUCCAGGGUGGAGUGGGAUGUGAGGGCCUGACGGGCCCAGAGUCAAGUCACUCCUCUCCGGGAACAGCCAGGGAAUGGGCUCGGCCUCUCCUCAGGAGCCCGAGAAAGACAUGGAGGGCUACUACAACCUUUUGCAGGCAGGCUCGGAGCUGGAGAACACGCUGCAACAGGUCACGGUCCCUGUGAGCAUGCAGGAAGUGGCUGGCUACAUUGAGAAACAAGUGGCCUAUUUAUCAGGGGGACGUAGCGAGGACUCUAGUGUCAUCAUCACUCUCCCAGAAUGCUCUGCUUUCAGCGAUAUUCCUGAAGAAGCUCUGGCCAAAGUUCUAUCAUACCUCACACUGAUCCCGAGAACACGGCAACCUGGUGUAAAAUUUAUCAUCAUUUUAGACCGAAGAUUGGAUACUUGGGCCUCCAUCAAAACGGCAUUGGCACGGAUUGAGGCCUCAUUCCCUGGAAACCUGCACCUUGUGUUGGUGCUGAGACCCACCAGCUUCUUCCAGCGCACCGUUACAGAUCUUGGCUUCCGCUUUAGUCAAGAGGACUUCAUGCUUAAAAUGCCUGUGGUCAUGCUCAGCUCUGUCACAGAUCUGCUGCGUUACAUCGAUGAGAAUCAGCUGACCUCAGAGUUUGGGGGAACUCUUGACUACUGCCACAGCGACUGGAUCGUCUUGAGAACAGCCAUUGAGAGUUUUGCGGUUAUGGUUAAGGACAUUGCUCAGAUGCUGCAGGCGUUCGGAACGGAGCUGGCUGAGACACAGUUAUCUGAGGAGUGCAGUGCUGUUGAGUUCCUCCUGCUGUCCCACACCGAGAAAUACAGGAGACUUAAGGAUGCCAUCAGAUCUGUGAUGAGAGAGGGACGGCAGCUGCUCUCUAACCUGGAGACUUCAAGAAAGGAAGGGGACGCCGACAAGCGCUGGGACAUGUCACAAGACUGGGAUACCAUGCAGAGGCUGCUGGCUCAGCUCACAGAUAUGGAGAUGGCGUUUGAUGGCUUCUUUGAUAAGCACCACCUCAAACUGCAGCAAUACCUGCAACUGCUGAGAUACGAACACAGUUUUCAGGAGAUGGAGUGCUCUUUAGAGAGAUUAAGAGCACAGGAAAGGAAGAUAAGCAUCACAGGAGAAGCGCUGUCCCAAACAGAGCAGAGGGUCAGAGAGCUGGACAGUUUGGAAAAACGUGCGCAGGAGGAGAUGAGUCGGGCUCAGGUUCUUAUCCUGCAUGGGCAUCAGCUGGCUGCUGGACACCACUAUGCCAUGGCUCUGAUUAUCCAGCGCUGUAAUGAGCUCAGACAUCAGUGUGACACCCUGACCUCUGCCCUCAACACCAAACGCAACUCCCUGACACAAGCACAGACCCUGCUGCGCCGCCUCGAAGAGGCUCAGCGAUGGUGUGAUGAUGGCGCAUAUCUCUUGGCCAAUCAGCAGGUGGAUAAAUUCCAGUCUAAAGAGGGUGCGCAGGCGGCUCUUCGAGAUAUCGAGAAGUUCCAGGAGGCGGCGCCACCUCUCCUCGGUGCAGGCGUGGAUGUGCUCUUUCUGGAGUACGAAUCUGUGCUCACUCCUUGUCUACAGGCUCAUAUAGAGAAGACUUUUCAGAAGCAUAGCUCUGUGCAGGCUCUGAUUCAGUCCAGACAGAACUGCCUGAGGAAACUGGCAGACAAACAUGUCCGACCAAUCCAGCUGGUGGCCCCUCGUCCAGAGAACCCACCACGUGCAAAAUCCCCCCUCUUCUCCCCUAAACAUGAUUUUAAUUCCAGUUUAAAGUUCACCUUUGACCUCCCAUUACCAGGCAAAAGAACAUCAAGGAAAAGCCCGAACUCCAGGAAGAUCGAGGUGAUUCAUGACUAUCAGAUGGCCAGCUCUCUCCCAUACAGUAUAGAUGGAGAGGACGGCACUGAUCUGCUCAAACGACACGUGAUGAAGGAGCUGAUCGAGACCGAGAGGAUCUAUGUGGAGGAGCUGCUGGCUGUGCUCCUGGGCUACAGGGCUGAAAUGGACAAUCCGUCUCUUGCUCCGCUGUUGCCCACGAGUCUUCGCAACAAGAGAGAUGUGCUGUUUGGAAACUUGCCUGAUAUCUACAACUUCCAUAGCAGUGUCUUCCUGCAGGAUUUGGAAAGCUGCCUGGAGAGCCCUGAGGCCGUAGGGGCUUGCUUUUUGGAAAGGAAAGACCAUUUCCAUUUGUAUGAAUGUUACUGUCAGAACAAGCCUCGAUCUGAUUCUUUAUGGAGGCAGUUCUCUGACUGUCCGUUCUUUCAGGAGUGCCAAAAGAAGCUGGAACACAAACUUGCUCUUGACUCAUACCUGCUGAAACCAGUCCAGCGCCUUACAAAAUAUCAACUCUUAUUAAAGGAGCUGCUGAAGUACAGCUCAGGCUGCGAGAGAGUUUCUGAGCUGCAGGGGGCGCUGGAAGCCAUGCUGGACCUGCUGAAGUCAGUCAAUGACUCAAUGCACCAGAUUGCCAUCACAGGAUACGAGGGGGAUCUCGGCAAUCUGGGCCGUGUGCUAAUGCAAGGCUCCUUCAGCGUGUGGAUCAGUCAUAAGAAGGGUCCGACCCGCGUGAAGGAACUGGCCCGCUUCAAGCCCAUGCAGCGACACCUAUUCCUGCACGAGCACGCGCUCCUCUUCUGCAAGCGCCGAGAGGAACACGGAGAGAACGCUGACAAAACUCCCUCCUACAGCUUCAAGCACUGUCUUAAGAUGAGUGCAGUCGGCAUUACGGAGAACGUCAAAGGAGAUGUGAAGAAGUUCGAGAUCUGGUACAGUGGCAGAGAGGAAGUCUAUGUGAUCCAGGCCCCUACAGUCGAGGUGAAGAUCGCUUGGCUGAAUGAGAUCAGAAAGAUCCUGACCAACCAGCAGAAACAGCUCAAAGAGGAGUUGUGUCACUCCGCUGCAGUCUCAGAGCAGAUGCAGAUGUCUCCUCCUCUUUCAGUGAGCAAACAGCAAAGAGCGUCAGUGAGCUCAGAGGGGACUGAGUCGGGCCACAGCAGUCCAGAUCCGUUCAGCAGCUCUAACCAGCACCAGCGCAACAGACGCAGCUGGCCGGGCGCACCUUAUUCUGUAGAUAUCUGUGAAGGUCUGGAGGACUGGAGUGGAGCAAACAGCCUCUCUAACCCGUCUGACACUGAGGAAGACGAUGCCUCCCAUCUGGUUGCAGGCAGAUACAGGGCCUUCGUCGACUGGCAUAAAAAUGGGACAGAUAACUUCGUCAUUAAGUGCGGUGAUGUCAUACAACUACAGCAUGAGGAAAAUGAUGGCCAGUGGCUGGUGAAGAACCUGAGUCGCAGACAGGAAGGCCGUAUCCCUUCUGCCAACCUGCAGAGCAUCCUGGGGGAAAGCAUCAAGAAUCACUCCAACCGGCUUGGAGACCCAGGGAAUCGUAAGGCGCGAAAGCUCAGCUCGCCAUGAAGCGCAAAAAUACUGGACCUUUAGCAUUCGCACUUGGUAGCUCAGACUGUACACGGAUUCAGACCUGACCAGCAGGAUCGUAGUUUUUGUACUGAUCCACAUUGAUAGAUGCUACCAAAACGCAAAAGACGAAUUCUUCUACAUCUUACAAAAGAUCUCCACCGUUUCAGAAAACCCAGAGAGCGCUUUUAAACAUCUGUCCUCUGCCUAAACACACUUCAGUCCUCCUGACUAGGUGAAGCCUAGAACAUUUUGACUCUGAGACUGUCCCAGUAGACUUUGCAGUAGUUUUUAAAGAAUAAAGGCCCAUCAAAAGGCCCCUUUGUUGCUGUCUUCACGGUUAACCUUCUCAGAAGACCUAUGAAAACAUCCUGUUCGUAAAGGAACAGAAUUUUUAAACUGUGUUUGUUUGUGCUGUUAUUUAUCUUGUACUGUUGUAUUUAUCCUCAGUCUGAGCUCUUCUCGAGAGCUUCAAUGCCAAAUCAUGCAGUGCCAUAAUGCCUGUCUCUCCACUUUUAUUUACAGCAGACUUUGCUCCGUAGUGCACUAGUUACCUCAAAAAAAAAAAAAAAAAUUAUAAUAAUUUAUAAGCACUUUAUUCAGGUCACGCAAAUUUGUGGCCUUUUGUGUCUCUGUACAACUCCAAACCGGAUGUAUUUUGCAUGCCGUCGAUUCUUACCUCUCUUAUUUAGCAAAAAUCUCUUGUCAGGCACUUUACAUGCAGAAUCUACUCUGCCAGCUUGAAGACCUGGGGGUCGCCAUGUAAACGUUGACUCUGGAGCCGCAAAUAUGAGUUAUGAGGGGCUGAGCAGAGAGCAUGUGUAUUGAAUGUGUGGCACGACUGCAAAAUCAGAGCCGUGUUAAUGGAGGUUUCUUAUUAAGGGAGAUCAUACAGCAAACAUUAAAUAUACCCACUGUUUAGAAUGCUUAAUGAAAUAUUAAUUGCAGACUUAUAUGAAUUUACUACAUUAAAUCAGGCCCACAGUUGGAGGGCUGACUUUGAUAUACCAGCGUUUGAAGUGGAAAUGAGCUGUGUGUAGCAGCAGGAGACGCUGUGGAGUACAUAUCUCUUAUGUUAUUAAUUUUGCUAUCAAGUUGUUCCCUUCCAGCGUGGAGCUCCAGCCUCCCACUCAAAAUCAAGCCAUGUAAAGGACACAACUGCCUGUAGACUGUGCCGUAUUAGCCAUAUAUACUGUUGGCUUUGCAUAUAUAUUUGCUCAUUCGCGUCCAAACGUCUGAGAGCACAGGUUUUUUUCCAUCAUGUUUAAGUUCAUUUUGUAAAUUUAGUUUUUCACUCAGAAGUAAUGGUAAAUAAAAGCAUUUUCACUAAUGGUCUCAGACUUUUGGACCUCACUAUAUCUAAUAGUAUUUAAUCUUGAUUUUUGUUUUUGGGACUGGCUUCUGAAUUAUUUUUUUUGAAGGAAUGUAUCUGUGUUGACUGUGUUGUAACAAUAUUGUAUUUAAAUUUGUACAGCCUAUUGAAAAAUAAGAAGUUUUUUUUUUAAUAAAAUUAUUUAAUAAUAAAACAUUCGUACCUAAAA